AUGUCUGAGCGACCCCAAGCUAUGGAGCAGGCAAGCGCGUCGCUGCUUGUGACGGUGGAGCGCUUGGCGCCAUUAAAAAUGGAGAUUGUUGCACUCCGAGCUCAGAACCAGUUGCUGGUUCAACUUCUGGGUGGCCGAGGGCCCGUGGGAUCCACUCCGGCGCCAAUGCUUCCGCGCUCACCUGCGCCGGAUCCCGAUACCUGGGGUGUAUUUAUCACGCUAAGCGACAAUCGCCUGAAGCUUGUGGAUUUGCCAUUAAAAAAUAACCCACAAUUGAUCGACCGCGACGACACUAAAGGCGCUGUUCUCUUCGCGACCCAUGAAGCAGCCAAGACACUGUGCGUGCUACUUAAGACAAACAUUGUCAAGGUGUUUGACUGGACAAUUAACAGAGUUCUGGAGUUGCGCACACAGCACGAGCUGCUGCCGUCUUUACUGCCAGUACAGCAGCUCGUGCUUCUCAGUGAAAACUAUCUGUUUGUUCAGGGCAAAACGCAGUGGUCCGUUCUUCAUCUUGACAGUGGUCGAAUGCUGAACGUCGCAGCAGAUGUGCUGCAAGAUAUUACGGAAGCACUGGAAGGAGCUAAUGGGAAAUGUGACGCGCUGGCACUGCCCAGUCGAUUCAUGGCGCGACGACGACAGCAUGUGAUGGAUUUGCUUCUAUGUGGUAAACGGAAUGGAGUCAUUUUGACGAUCCAUGAAGAAGAGAAAACAUCAGAUAAUGAAGAAAUAGCAGACGUGUACGGAGCUUUUGGAACAAUUGCAGUCACAAUGGGCCAGCGUGCUAGUAAAGCGCUAGAUGUUUCAACGAAUCAGCUGUGUCUAAAGGUGGACAGAAAGUUUGCAUACAACACAACCCCACGAAGGGCAUAUUAUCAUCAUCCAUUCCUGCUUCUAGACCAGGCAGACCAUAUAUCAGUCUACAACUAUGGAUCGCUGCGCUUUGCGCAGUCGCUCUUAGUCAAAUCACCUUACAGCAUUUGUGCUGCUCUCAAUGUGGCGUCAGCGACAGCGGAAGAUAGGGGCUCGCUCCACCGAGAUGAUCGACCGGCCACUUUGUACACUGUAUCACCACCUUUUACAUUUCAGACGCAUCAAAUGCUACCAAUUGCACAGCAAGUCGCUGCAUCGAUGAAGAUUAAGUGUCUUGAUGAUGCUGUCGCGCUUUGUAAGCUUUGCCCUGAAGAUGACACUUUGAGCGAUGCUGACCAGCGAGCGCUGUAUGCAGAGUACGGAUACAGUCUCUUCCGAUCGCGAAGCCUACAGCAAGCAAUGCUCUAUUUCUACGAGAGUUCAAUCGAAGUUAUGGAAGUGCUGCUGCUUUUUCCCCGUAAUUUAAUUCCUCGUAAGUACAGUGCUAUACACAAGAAUAGCAACAAAAAGGAAUAUGUUUUGGAAGGUGAUGACUUAAAGGAAAGUUUGCUGGCUCUCAUUGGAUUUCUGCGGCAUAAACGUAGUGCAUACUCACAGGACAACGUUAAAGCGUCAGCUAUGAUAAAACGUGAAAAUAACGACAUUGAUUCACGCGAAGUAGGUACAUUGGAACUGAUUGACACAAUGUUGGUGAAGUGCCUCGUAGUGGUCGCUGAAGAAGCGGAGUACGAAAAGCGAGCGAAACGUGCGCUGCUUAAAGUCGUCACCGGUGAAAAUUGGUGUGAGAUAGGAGAAACAGAAGUGUUUCUGCGAGCUCACCGACGAUUUGAGGCUCUGUUGGCUUUUUACACUGCGCGAAAGCUGCACCGAAAGGCACUAGAGCUCCUGGAAGAUUUGGAGCGUAGCGCCGCUUCGACAGCUGUACACACUCCUUCAGAAGCAACAGAACACUUGUCGGAAGACAGCAGAGAUCUGCUAUCAUCUCAUGAUUACAUGGUGCUCAUUGCACAAUAUCUUCGGAGGCUCGGACAAAAGCAUGCUGAGCUAAUAUUUGAAUUUUCGCGACGUGUAUUAUCUGUUGAUCCUUCUCUCGGUCUUUCAAUCUUCACGCAGCGUGAUGUCGCGGACUCUAGACGUGACAUUGAUCAUGCCGCAGUACUACAACACAUUAAGAGCUGCUCUAUUGCUUCUUCGUGCUCAAGUGACAUUCCUCUUGGUACUGAUACAAGCAUCCCGGCGGACAUAUCAACACUGAGGUUGCCAUUGAUAAAUUGCCAAAUGCUGGCUAUCGAGUACCUAAUUCAAGUUAUAAAUGAAAGACCCUGUGAUUUGACACCGCGAUUGCAUGACGAAGUAGUAUAUCUGCUACUGGAUGCAAUCCACAAAAGCUCUUCGCACAACCAACAUCUCACCAGUCGCGUUGAAUUGCAGGGUGGCAUGACGGGGCUUCUACGUCGCAAGCUUCUUUCAUUUCUCGAAUAUCCUCGCGCUGCCUAUCAUCCUGAGCGCAUGCUGAGCCGUACACCUAUUGAAAUGGUGGACGAACGUGCAGCACUACUAUCGAAGCUCGGCCGUCACCUCGAGGUCCUUCAACUGUACGCUUUACAGCUAGAGGACGCUACUUUGGCGGAGGCCUAUUGUAAUCGCUGCUUCGAUUCGAAGACGGCUGAUUCUUCUAUUUACUCAACACUGUUGAAAAUAUACUUAAGUCCACAAAUACGCAAAAAUGGAUCAGCGUCGUCGCCUCUUCAAUCUUUUGGAAGCGCAUCUUUCAGCUCUGAUCCACAAAGCAAAGCUAUACACGCAGCCAUCAACGUGCUGAACAAAUAUGCUGAGCGGAUUGACGUGUCCACGGCCCUUGACCUCUUGCCUGCUGAUAUCCCUAUGGCAUUAUUGGCUGAAUUCUUUCGGCGCGUGCUUGAGCGUAAGGUUGAGCGUUUCCGCAACGGCCAAGUGAAGAAACACCUUUCAAAAAUGGAGAAUUUUAUGGUACGCGGGCAGCUAUCUCUGCUGCGUCAGGAAUCAGUCACAGUGUGGUCGUCGCAGUGCUGCCAGUCGUGUGGCAAGAAGCUUGGCGUUGGCGCAUUUGUGCGCUUCCCCGUCGGUUUAGUGCAUUACUCCUGUCAGCCCGUUACGUAG